ACGACUCGUGAAUUCUAAAUUGGUAUAUUGGGAGCUUAUGUAUUGAAUUAGGUAGUUUUAUAUCGAUCAAAUAAAACAGAAUUACAGUAAUCGUGAUUUUUUAGAAUUCAUUUAUCUGUGUUUUAAUUUUGCUUUGUACACUUUUACAAUUAAGAAAUUCCAAGUACUCCUUUAAAAAGGAAAGAUCAUGGCAUUAUUUUUUUGACCUAUGUUUGUAUAUUCUUACAAUUCAGUUUUGAUUGCUCUAAUUUGAUAUCUCGGUUUUUGAACAUAAUGGUGGAAGAAGUAGUUAACUCUACUAAUAAACCGAAGAAUAAAACUGCUCGACCUCGUCCAGUUUAUCUGUGGAAUGUGUUAGAUGUACAAAAAUGGUUAAGGAGGCACUGUAGUGAUUAUUACCAAUUGUAUCAUGAAAAAUUUUUAUAUCAUGACAUCACAGGUAGAGUAUUGUUAAGAAUAAAUGAAAAUAUUUUAUUGAGACUCGGAAUUGAUAAUGAGGAACACAGAAUGGAUAUAUGGCGGGAGAUAAUGAAAUUGCAUCUUAAGACUGAUAUGUUAGAAAUUAAAGAUAUUGAACGACGUAAUAAUAUGAAUUUUGAUUAGUACGAUAAAUUUGAGAUCAAAUAUGGGCAAUAAUUUGAACAA